CUUGUCUCUUGACAUUGCGUCAAAACUUUUAAAUGGCCCAUCGAAGAAAAUUAAAAAACGGCGUGAAGAUGGUGUAGAUGACAUGCUUUACAAAGCUGUAUCAACAUGUGAUGAAAUUGGCGUUGACAGUCUUUUUCCAAAUAAACGAAUUAAGAGAAAUAGCUAUGGAUGAGAGCUGCAUCGUCUCACAAAAACAAGAAUUCCAACGAGAGUGCUUUUGUAUUUAUGACAAGUUAAAGAAAAUGAGAAACAGGUCAGAAGACUACUCAAAAGUGUCUGAGGAUUUUGGAUUUUUAUCUGGACCAUCACUGCAAAAACGGACAGUUGCUGAUUUGGAGAACUGUGUCAAAGAUUUAGGCAACAAGUACAGCAGAGACGUGGACACCCUCGAAAUUGCACAUAAACGAGCUGCUUAACAACCUUGCCUCGGCGUCCCAUUUAGUACUCUUGCAGACUACUAAUGAGUAUGAACUCAGAGAUGCCUAUCCUAAUAUUGAAAUUGCAUUGCGAAUUUUCCUAACAAUGACCGUUAGAGUCGUUAAGCAAUUUUGUCAAUAGAAUAUAAGUAAACAACAGCUUCAAAACUUAACUAUGAAGAUGAAGAUGUAAUUAAUGAAUUCGCGUUUAUCAAAGCAUGAAAAGUUUACUUUUAAACAAAAAUAAGUGCAAGAUUUUACAAACUGACAGUGCGUUUUUUUAAGUUCAUGUUUACAAUAUAUCCAAAAAACAAAAUCACCAUAUUUGCUAUUAUUACCCUUUAAAACCUUUCCUAAAUUAAGUAUGACAAUAUAAAUUAACAAAUCCAAUUUAAAACCGUUUUACCACAAAUAUUUUAAAAUGUUUACGGUGCUGUGUCUUUAUAGAGGCACUGAGCAGAGGUAUAGAUUGGUGCUGCACUAAAAGUUGGUUAGUAGGUGAUGGGUAGGUCUUUUCGCCAAGGACGCAGGGAUAGCAAGGUACGAAUAUUUGUGUGUAAGGCAUCAUUUUUCAUUUAAUUUUUCUCACUAAAUUUUCUAUUUUGCGGGAUGUGAACUUUUUAGAUCACAUGAUAAAAAAAAAACGAUUGAUUUUAGGAUAUAACUAUAUUAUAGCCUUUUGCAGCAUUUUGGCUCCUUAAUCACCUGUUAAAAAUAUGCAGGUGUUAUCCGGCGUUCAUACUUUAUACCUACAGACCAAUGGAGGAGGUUUUGGGGGUCAGAACUCCCAUGGAGGCCUUCGCGUCACCGUUUCUGCCAUCGUAUUGGAGCUGAUGGCUAUUAACUGUUUGUUUUUAUUUACUUUUUUAUCGUUUUAUAAAAAAUUAUUUAUUUUAAUCUGAAAUAUUUUACUUUGUUGAUGGGUCCCCUCUUGGUUCUCAGGAAACCCUCACGUGAAACAUUUCUGGCUACGCUACUGCUAUAGACAUUCGCAUAACCAAUCGUGUUUGUAGUAAAAAUGAAAUGAAAACAAAUAUAAAAAAUUAGAAUUUGAUAUAUUUCGGUAAUGAUUUUUCUACAAGAAAAAAAUGGGAUUAAAAUUCCAUAUGGAGUAUACCUACUUACUUUUAAUCGUGUCCCUAAAGUCGACGUUUUGUGUUUUCUUAGCAACUGCCUUUUGCAAGUCAGUUGUACAAAUAAGUAUCUGCCUUAGAGUAGUUUAUAAAAAAUUGUGUCAAAAUGUAAAUAAAUUUUAUAGUCGUUUUUU